UCACCUCCAAUCUCCAUCUCCCUCUUUUUUGUAUUAUUCUCCAUUGGCGUGGGAGUCUAAUCUGCUGUGUCUUGAAUCAUUCUCUUACUUCCUCGUAUACCCUCCACAUAACAAUACACAACAAUGGCUCCUAGAGUGAUUGUCGUAGGCGGUGGCCUCUCUGGUCUUUCUGCUGCGCACACCAUCUACCUGGCUGGCGGCAACGUCGUUGUCCUUGACAAGCAGGGCUUCUUUGGUGGAAACUCUACCAAGGCUACUUCCGGUAUCAACGGUGCUCUCACAAGAACGCAAGUCGACACUGGCAUUCCCGACAGCGUCAAGCAGUUCUACGACGACACCCUCAAGUCUGCCCGUGACAAGGCCCGUCCCGACCUCAUCAAGGUCCUUACCUACAAGUCCGCUGCUGCCGUCGAGUGGCUUCAGGAUGAGUUCAACCUCGAUCUCACUCUCGUCUCUCGUCUUGGUGGACACUCCCAGCCCCGAACCCACCGAGGACACGAUGCCAAGUUCCCCGGUAUGGCCAUCACCUACGCCCUGAUGCAGCGCCUCGAGGAGCUUGCCGAGAGCGAGCCCGGCCGCGUCGAGAUUGUCAAGAAGGCUCGUGUCACCGAGCUCAACAAGGAGGGCAACAAGGUCACUGGUGUCAAGUACGAGCACAACGGUGAGAUCGUCUCCAUCGAUGGUCCCGUCGUCCUCGCUACUGGUGGCUACGCCGCUGAUUUCUCCGACUCUUCUCUGCUCAAGAAGCACCGUCCCGAUACCUACGGCCUUGCCACCACAAACGGCACACACGCCACUGGUGACGGUCAGAAGAUGGUCAUGGCCAUCGGUGGUAAUGGUAUCGAUAUGGACAAGGUCCAGGUCCACCCCACAGGUCUCGUCGACCCCAAGGACCCCGGCUCCAAGUGGAAGUUCCUCGCUGCCGAGGCUCUCCGUGGUGAGGGUGGUCUCCUGCUCAACGCCGAUGGUGACCGAUUCUGUGAUGAGCUUGGUCACCGUGACUACGUCUCCGGCAUGAUGUGGGAGGAGAAGAAGAAGAACAAGUUCCCCAUCCGGCUUAUCCUCAACUCCAAGGCCUCCAAGGUCCUUGACUUCCACACCCGCCACUACUCUGGCCGUGGUCUCAUGAAGAAGAUGACCGGCAAGGAGCUUGCCAAGGAGAUUGGCUGCACCCCUGAGCACCUCCAGAAGACCUUCUCUACCUACAACGAUAUUGCCGACGGCAAGCAGAAGGACCCUUGGGGCAAGAAGUUCUUCCACAACCUGCCUGUCAACGUUGACGAUGACUUCCACGUUGCCGUCAUGGAGCCCGUUCUCCACUUCACCAUGGGUGGUAUUGAGAUCAACGACAAGGCUCAGGUCCUCAACCAGGAGAAGCAGCCCUUUGAGGGUCUCUACGCCUGUGGUGAGUUGGCCGGUGGUGUCCACGGUGCUAACCGUCUUGGUGGCUCUUCUCUUCUUGGCUGUGUCGUCUACGGUCGCGUUGCUGGUGACACUGCCAGCAACUACCUCUUCCAGAACGCUCUUAAGGGUGGUGCCGGCAGCGCCGCUGAGCGUGUUGGUCAAAUUUCUCUGCACCUCGACCCUUCAAUCCCCAACCAGGUGACUGUCUCUUGGGGUGCCCCCGGCGCCGCUUCCGGUUCCGGAGCUCCUUCAAAGGUCGACGAGCACGCCAGCGUUGCCGCCGGUCCCAACCCCGUCAAGGAGGACGGUGCCAAGGCUGCUAAGCCCAACGACCCCAAGGCCUUCAAGGUGCCCGAGAAGGAGUACACCAUGGAGGAGAUCGCCGAGCACAACACCAAGGACAACGUCUGGGUCGUCGUCAAGGGUGUCGUCCUGGACCUGAGCGACUGGCUCGAGGAGCACCCCGGCGGCGUGCAGGCCAUCCUCAACUUCAUGGGCCGCGACGCGACCGAAGAGUUUGAGAUGUUGCACGACGACGAGGUCAUCCCCAAGUACGCGCCUCAGCAGGUCAUCGGCCGCGUCAAGGGCCAGGAGGUUACUCUCGAGCCUUAGAGGUUAUGUGGAGACACUUGAUGUAACGACGGUGACGCGGCAAACAAAAGAACAAGCCGACAUGAACUUUUUACAGUUGUUGUGUGUUUUUGUGCGAGUUAAUCCUCAUGGCCGAAAAAGGGAUUUUUGGCAAAUUAGGCGUCCAGGAACUUUUUUUGUAUUGUAUCGAUAGGCGGGAUGCAUGCAGCUUGGUUGCAAUCUAGUUUAUACAAUUUAUUUAUGGAAGAUAUUUACACUACCAUUUACACGAAUUA